AAACAGAAAAUAAAUUCCCUACCCACCCAUUGUCAUAUUCAUCUGGCUCUUCGCAUUCACAGUAAAGUUCGUCGUUCUUCGAAUCUUACAAAAUAUUGAUUCAAUGGCAGCAGUUUGAAAAUUCUUUUUCCCGAUUGAAUGUUUCUUCGUCGAUUGGGAGCUGUACUUCCUUCAUCAAGAAGGCUGUUUAGCAGCAACAGCAACCAUGAUUUAGCAAAUUCCAUUGCUGAAUUCAACAAGGAGAUGGAAUCAGUAUUUGGAGAGCCUCCUCCUAGUGGGAUUUCAGGUUCUUCAAGUAACAAUUUUACAGCUGAAAAGUCCAAGAAAAUCUCUCAAGCGGAUGAAAGUGCCCUGUUUUUGACCCACGUUGGCGGAGCUGGGGAAGCUCAAAUGGUGGAUGUUUCGCCGAAAGAAAGCACCGAAAGAAUUGCAAUUGCUAGUUGCAAGGUAAUUCUUGGCAAGAAGGUGUUCGAUUUGGUCUUAGCUAAUCAGAUGGCCAAGGGAGAUGUCCUCAGUGUCGCUAAAAUUGCUGGAAUAUGCGGAGCAAAACACACAAGCACUCUAAUUCCACUUUGUCAUAACAUAAUUCUGACACAUGUUAGAGUCGACCUUCAUAUGAAUCCUGAAAAUUACAGUGUGGAUAUAGAAGGAGAAGCUGCAUCAACUGGGAAAACAGGAGUUGAAAUGGAAGCAAUGACAGCAGUGACCAUUGCUGGCCUUACCGUCUAUGACAUGUGCAAAGCAGCUUCGAAAGAUAUACAGAUCACAAAUGUGCGACUCGAAAGUAAAACCGGUGGGAAGAGUGGACAAUGGUCAAGGGAGGAGUAAAAGCUACCUUGUAAAGAAUUAAUAUGAGGAAGACUCAGGUGGCUGGGAUCAAUAUUUCAGAAGAGAGCUUAGAUGCCUUAGCUAGUAGCUGGGCGUGCGAGGCUAGUUCUUGGCCUUUGUCCUAUUUAGGCAUGCCUUUGGGUGGGAAACCCAGCAAAAAAUCCUUCUGGCAACCCAUUGAAGAGAAGGUGGAGAGGAAGCUAGCCAAGUGGAAUUCUUUGUUCUCCUUGUUCACAUGCCCGAGGCAAGUUUCAAAGCACCUCUAGCAUUUGAUUAUAAAUUUCUUCUUAAGAGGGAGGUGGCCCCAAUCCUACCUGAUGAGAGAUAGCUUCUGACCUUGAGUCGAAAGGAGGUUUGGGUGUAGGCAACUUGGACAGCAAGACUGUGCCCUCCUUGCCAAGUGGGGGUAGAGAUUCAUGACAGAAAGCAAGGCUUUGUGAAGAUGGGUAAUUGCAAGUAAAUACAAUCUCACUGAUAAAGAAUGGUGGCCAGCGUUGAAAGGUGUGGUUAAAUCCAAGGGGCCUUGGGUGAGCAUUCUUCCUCCGUGCAAGGAAGCAGAAGCGUGGUAUAAGACGAAGGUGGGAAAAGGAGAUAAAACCAUGUUCUGGAACGACCCUUGGUUGUUAGAUGAACCGUUAGCCAGAGCCUUUCCAAGGCUGUUUAGAGUGGCAGCCUCAAAGGUCCUUCCAAUAGCUCAAUGUUGGAAAGAAGAGUAUAGAAGAUGGGAUCUCUUGUUUAGGAGGAACCUGUCUGAUCCGGAAGUUGAAGAAUGGGCAAGCUUAUCUAACCUCCUUGCAAGUGUGGCUCCUUCCACAACCUUUGAUAGAAGAGUGUGUGGAUGCUCGAGAACAAUGGUUUUUUCUCAGUUAAAUCCCUCAUGACCGGUCUUUUACAGCAGCGCUCUAUGACAGGAGGGUUCAAAGGGAGCUUUAUUUGGCAGCUUGAGGUUCCCAAAAAAGUCAAGAUUUGCUUGUGGUUGAUGAUGCACGAAAGGAUUAAAACUUGCUGCAGGCUUCAAAAGGCGAUGCCCAUUGUCUGUCUCUCCCUUAGCUGGUGUGUGAUGUGCAAAAAUAAUGAAGAAAACCAAUGGCACCUUCUCUUUGAUUGUCCUUUCGCCUUAGCAUGCUGGGGACCUUUUCAGGAUUUUCAACGUGAGUUGGUGCUUCCCCAGCAGUGCAGCCGAAGCUCUUUCACAAUUAUUUCAAGGAACGACUUCUAAGGGGCAGGCCAGUCUUAUUUGGACCUUUGGGAUAGUCGGGUUAGUGUGGAGACUGUGGUUUAAACGUAACAAAAGAUGCUUCUUAGGUCAAGAAACAAACAAGGAAAUGUUUUGGGAGAAUGUUAGAAUUUCAGCUUCCUCCUGGGCGUCUAUUAACAAUCCCUUUUGUAAUUAUGGUUUUACUCAAAUCUUUGCCAAUUGGGAAGCCUUUUUGUAAUCCCUUGGCCUUUGGGGAUAUCUCAUCUCCCCUUUUUUGUA